CAAUAAAUUUAAUUUGAGUCACUCUUUCUGUUUCUACAUUGUCAAUCAUGAGUUUCUUGAUUGAGUUAAUUUUACGGUUGCCAAAGAUUAUAAAUGUUGUUUUACUGAAAUGCAAUGUUAGUUUGUUAGCAUCAAACCACGUCUUUAACAUUCAAAAAGUACUAAGGCUGGUAAAUGAUUGCGUCUAUGUGAAUCUUUUAAUGUAGUAUAUAGUUAAUUUGCGUCUGUGAAAUAAUGCUGCUUUGCUUUUGUACGUCCCUCGUUGUGUGCUUUGUUGUUGUCACUCUUAUUGCGCCCCCUGUCUGUUUUGUUCCGGCUGUUUGGUUAUUACCACAAAACCACUCGAACAUACACGUGCCGAAACGUCUCCCUAGUCAUGCGGCUGUCUUUUCCAAUGCAUUCUGGGAACCCGAGUCCUGGAUCUUUACGUUGUACCCAUUCCGUGUAAAUGGGGCAGCCGACGCAAAACUUCGCGUCCCAGAACGCCUCCGGUUGUAGUACACGUGACUUCCUGCCGCGCCGCGGCGGCUGGUGGCCUGGCGUGUUGACGGUGUCCCGCGGGCGGGUGGGUCUCGCAGUUGUUUUCUGGGAGCCGCGUGAACCAUAAGGUCAUUAAAACGGAGCGCUCCAGGUAAUGAGUGACGCCGUGUGUAGUAGUGUCGGGCUAACGGCUGCCGAGCUGCGGAGCUACUGCCUGCUCGCCUGGCACUUCCGGGGAGAAACCAGCAGUUCGUUGCUAGCCGAACUGUUAGCAUCAGGCUGCUGCUGCCGCCUCCUCCUCCUCCUCCUCCUCCUCCAGGUCGUCGCCAGUCCAGGGAACAGAAGGAGACGUCAGUGAUGGAGGAAGUCGAUAAGAUUUUGAUUCACGCCCUCAGACAAACCGGGACGGACCUGAGUGAGGACAUUGACAGUGUCAAGCAGUUCACCAGUGAGCUGAUUGUGGAGGCGGUGGUGAAAUGUCUGCGAGUCAUCAACCCUGUGUUAGGGAGCAGCUUAUCUCCAUCCCUGCCCCCUGGCAUGUCUGCACGCUUCCGAGUGGGCAUGAGCCUGGCACAGGCCUGUCAGGACCUUGGCUUCAAAGGUGAAAUAGGCUACCAGACCUUUCUGUACAGCAGUGAGCCAGAGAUCCGCUCCCUCCUGAUGUUUCUGGUGGAGAAGCUGCCCAGAGAGAGUGCUGAGGCCUCCGACCAGCCAGCAGGUAAAUCAUCAGUUCUUCAGAAAGCCAUCGCUGUCAAGAUCAGAGCCCAGCUAACUACGCCCUGGCUGCCUCCACAUUGCAGAUUACCUUCUCUCUGUAAAACACAGAGCCCAGGACCAUCUCAAAGAUUCCAAGUUCAGCUCCUGAGUUUACCACACAGCAUUAAAGGUCCAGGAAAAAUGCAAAGGAAAGAGGUCAAGGACUACCAAAGAGACUUUCUUCUCCCUGUGACGGUCCAGCCUUCCCAUCAUGCCUCAGUGGCAGCAUCCUUACUAGAACAGCACAUGGCUGAGUUGAGUGCAGCUCAAGAGUGGGAGGGAGAGUGGAACAGCCAGGGACUCCUCUCCCGUCUCGCUCCAGAGGAGUACCGGUCCAGGAAAAUCACACGCUUGCAUAAGCGCAUUGUGGAACUGCUGCGCUCUGCUGCCAAGCCCUGCUCUCAAAGUGACGUUAGUGGUCCUCAAUCCUGUGCAGACUUAUCAGAAGUGCUGCAGUCUCUCAAAGGCUCUGCCAUCAGUGACAACAAGGGAAGCCACUUCACCCACACGCAAAAAUUCAGCUUCACACAGAUGCCCCAGGAGCCUGACAAGGUUGCCCAGCAGAUGGCAGCAGUAAGCAGCUCCCUGCCCUGUGGGAAUCAGACAGAGAGAGAUGUGCAGGCGCUCCAUCAGCAAGAACUGGAAUCAAUGCUGCAGCAGUCAGUGCUCCACAAAGAGCAGCUCACAGAAAACUUGAAACGGAUAACUGUCACAGCUGCACAGGUGUGGGAUGAGUUGAAGCAAAGAGAGCUGGAAAAUAAUGAGAAGGAGAAAAUUGUGCAGAUGAAGAAGCAGACUGCCGACUUGUUGCCGAAUGCUGAGGAGAACUUGGUAAAGCUGCAGUUCCUGGUGGAGGCCAGUGCCAAGCGGGUGGUGAACCUGGCAUCUCAGUGGGAGAAACACCGUGCCCCACUCAUCGAUGAGCAUCGCAGACUCAAAGAGCUCUGCAGUAACCAGGAUAUGGAAUCCUCCAGAAAACUAUCUGAAAUUAAGGAUCUGCAUGACAAAAUCCGCCAAUCUGCAGAGGAGGCAAAGAAUAAGGAAGGACUCUACAAACAGCUGAUAACAGAGUUGGAGAAUCUUCCUCAGGAUGUGUCUCGUUCAGCAUACACUGCCAGGAUUCUGGAGAUUGUCGGCAAUAUCAAGAAACAGAAGGAGGACAUCACAAAGGUUUUGUCAGACACCAAGGAACUGCAGAAGGAGAUAAACAGCCUGACGGGGAAACUGGAUAGGACCUUUGCUGUGACUGAUGAACUGGUCUUCAAGGAUGCCAAGAAGGACGAAUCAGUCCGCAAAUCCUACAAGUACCUGGCUGCCUUACAUGAAAAUUGCUCUCAGUUGAUUCAAACAAUUGAAGACAUGGGCACAAUUUUGAGGGAGAUCCGAGAUCUGGAAGAGCAGAUCGAAACAGAAAACUGUAAUAAGAUUGUGGCUAACCUGGAGAGGAUCCUGGAGGACUACAGGGCCAUUCGGCAGGAGAACUCUGCACUGGCUGCUAAAGUGCGAGAAGCCUGAGUGAAUGUUCUGCUUGUUCCUCACCUGACUGGAGGGUCUUCAUGUCACACAGUAGAAGCCUGAAUCUGCAGACUGACUUGUAUGGAUCCAAGAGUGAUCUCUGCUUUUUUACACAAGGAACCAUUUACUGUUUGUCGCCACAUCAAUCUGUUGCCAGUCUGAGGACUUCUCUGCUCUUCUUGUGCAUGUGGAUGUUAACUGACAUUUUAGUGGUAUAAACACAUGCUGGCUGGGGAUGGUAUGUUACAGAUGCAUCACAAACAUGUCUCGAGCAGGCCGUUCCGUGCACACCCUAGUGUCCUAAUACCACACUCAAAAACAUUGGACUGCAAAUUAUUUUCUUCAACUUUUUCUAUUGGAGAGUUUGUAAUCAUUUAUAUUGAUUGUAUAGAAUCCUGCCUUAUGAUCAAAGCUCAGCUGAUGCUUUUCAGUGUGCCCAGUAAUCACAUGUCCAUGCAGCUGUAAGAAAUAAAGUCUAGUUGGUCUAAACAGAAUCACCCUCGUCAUGAAGUUUGACAUAUGAAUGAAUUUACAUGUUGUGUUUUGGGGUAUUUACUAUUGCGCACCUGUUGUAGAGAGUCUAGAAAGAAGACUCAUGUUUGCUGCACAGCAGUAGCAUCAACAUUUACUGAAAAUUUUAGAAAAAUCGUGGGAGCAUCCGUGUAGCAUUGCGGUCUAUUCCAUUGCUUACCAAGACGGGGAUCCCGGUUCGAAUCCCCAGGUUACCUCCGGCUUGGUUGGGCGUCCCUACAGACACAAUUGGCCGUGUCUGCAGGUGGGAAGCUGGAUGUGAGUAUGUGUCCUGGUUGCUGCAAGUAGCAGCGACUCUGGUCGGUUGGGGCGCCUGUUUGGCGAGGGGGACUGGGGGGAAAUAGCAUGAUCCUCCCAUGUGCUACGCCCCCUGGUGAAACUCCUCACUGUCAGGUGAAAAUAAGCGGUUGCUGACUCCACAUGUAUCGUAGGAGGCACGUGAUAGUCUGCAGCCCUCCCCGGAUCAGCAGAGGGGGUGGCGCAGCGACCGGGACAGUUUGGAAGAGUGGGGUAAUGGGCCGGGUACAACUGGGGAGAAAAAAGGGGGUGGGGAACCCCCCCCCCCCCGAUUACACAGUCCCACAUUCUGUCUUUGGAUCAGUAUAAAAACUGCCAGUUGCUACCUAAUUUAGUUAAAGGGUUGAUUUCGAGGUGGUAUUGUUUAUUUUGUCCACUCAGUUCUAUUGUGUUUUUACUGUAUCUGUCUUCUACUCUACAAUGGAAAUCUAAGUUAACAAAGAGAACUGUGCUGACCUUCAGAUUAAUGUGCUUGUAAAAUGCUGCAUAGAUGCAUUAAAGAUUAAAACUGCAGAUAAUUAAGAGUGGAAUCUGGGUGGGUUUUUUCACCCACACUGAAUCCUGUCUGUCCUCAUAAUCACCACCUCAAUAAAGCCUUCAUUUUUU